AUGCCCUUUCAACCUUCUGCCGCCGUGAGCGGCCACCCACUUCCCCACCCUCCGCCACCGCCUAAGCCAGAGACUCAACUCCUUUCUCUGCUUCUCAAAAUCGCCAUCAUGAUUCUCUUAACCACUCUCUUCUUCGUCUUCCUCGGCCUCGCCACUGCCCUUCUCCUUAUCCACCUCUGCGUCGCUAGUGCCCUCCAUCGCCGUCGCCGAUUCCACAGUCGCCAUUCCCAAUACUCCGAUUCCUCAUCUGGGUUCUCCCAUCGUGACCUCAAAAAGCUUCUCCAGUUCCGAUUCUCCAAUUGGGUCAAUCCCCAUUCUCAAAUUGACUGCUCUAUUUGUCUUGAUGGCUUUAGAAAAGGUCAGUGGUGUAGGAGACUUGGUGGGUGUGGGCAUGUUUAUCAUCGCAAGUGUAUUGAUUCGUGGUUAGUUAGGGUUUCUGCUUGUCCUCUAUGCCGACGAUGUGUUCGAUUGGAUAUGGAAGAACAUGAAAUUGAUUGUGUAAGUUCUCGGAACUUUGAGCUUUUUUAUGCUCUGUAA